CUCCUGUCCGCGCUUCCCGCAGCCCGCAGCCCGCCGCCCUUCCCCGGGACCCCACUGUCCUGUCCCGGUCUCGCGGAGCCGCGAUGGCCAAGCGCAGCUCGCUGUCUAUCCGCAUCGUGGAGGGGAAGAACCUGCCUGCCAAGGAUAUAUUUGAGGCAAGCAAGGCCUCCCUAAAUUGCAACAUGGAGCCCAACUUGUGAUGCUCCUGGCCUAGCCUCCCAGCGUACAGGGAUCACAGCACCGGAAGCAGUGACCCCUACUGCAUUGUGAAGGUGGACAGUGAGCCCAUCAUCAGGACGGCCACUGUGUGGAAGACGCUGUGUCCCUUCUGGGGUGAGGAGUACCAGGUGCACUUGCCGCCCACCUUCCAUGCCGUGGCCUUUUACGUCAUGGAUGAGGAUGCGCUCAGUCGGGAUGAUGUAAUCGGCAAGGUCUGCCUCACAAGGGACACACUGGCCUCACUUCCCAAGGUAAAAGCAGCCCCUCACUCACAAGUGCUCAGAAAGGUUCCUGAGGUGGUGCAGGCUGAGGGUAGAGGGUACGCAGGGGACCAGCCAGGCCCCCUGAGCCACAGCCACACAGGUUUCACCGGCUGGGCCCACCUGACGGAGGUUGACCCAGAUGAAGAGGUGCAAGGGGAGAUCCAUCUGCGACUGGAGGUGCUGCCAGGACCCCCAGCCUGCCGGCUGCACUGCACUGUCCUGGAGGCCAGGGACUUAGCUCCGAAGGACCGGAAUGGUGCGUCGGAUCCCUUUGUCCGAGUUCGCUACAACGGCAGGGCACAGGAGACCUCGGUGGUAAAGAAGUCCUGCUACCCACGCUGGAAUGAAACCUUUGAAUUUGAGCUGGAGGAGGGGGCCACAGACCUGCUAUGUGUGGAGGCCUGGGACUGGGACCUGGUCAGCCGUAAUGACUUCUUGGGCAAAGUGGUGGUCAAUGUCCAGAGAGUGCGUGCAGCCCAGCAGGAGGAGGGCUGGUUCCGGCUGCAGCCCGACCAGUCCAAGAGCCAGCGGGCUGAGGGCAACCUGGGCUCCUUGCAGCUGGAGGUUCGGCUUCGAGACGAGACGGUGCUGUCCUCUGGCUGCUACCAACCCCUGGUGCAGCUGCUGUGCCAGGAGGUGAAGCUGGGCACGCAGGGCCCAGGGCAGCUGAUCCCAGUCAUCGAGGAGACCACCAGCACCGAAUGCCGCCAGGAGGUGGCCACCAACCUGCUCAAGCUCUUCCUGGGGCAGGGGCUGGCCAAGGAAUUUCUGGAUCUGCUCUUUCAGCUGGAGCUGGGUCGCACCAGUGAGGCCAACACGUUGUUCCGGAGCAACUCUCUGGCCUCAAAGUCCAUGGAGUCUUUUCUGAAGGUGGCGGGGAUGCGGUAUCUGCAUGGCGUCCUGGGCCCCAUUAUUGACAGGGUGUUCGAGGAGAAGAAGUACGUGGAGCUGGACCCCAGCAAAGUGGAAGUUAAGGACGUAGGGUGUUCUGGGCUGCAUCGUCAGCAAAGUGAGGCCGAGGUGCUAGAGCAGAGUGCGCAGACGCUGAGGGCUCACUUGGGGGCGCUCCUGAGCGCUCUCUGCCGCUCGGUUCGCGCAUGCCCAGCUGUUGUCCGCGCCACCUUUCGCCAGCUGUUUAAGCGCGUGCGCGAGCGCUUCCCUGACACCCAGCACGAGAAUGUGCCGUUCAUCGCUGUCACCAGCUUCCUGUGCCUGCGCUUCUUCUCUCCCGCCAUCAUGUCGCCCAAGCUCUUCCACCUGCGCGAGCGCCACGCAGACGCCCGCACCAGCCGCACUCUGCUCCUGCUGGCCAAGGCAGUCCAGAAUGUGGGCAACAUGGACACUCCGGUUUCCAGGGCCAAAGAGGCCUGGAUGGAGCCGCUGCAGCCCACAGUGCGCCAGGGUGUGGCACAGCUGAAGGACUUUAUCACCAAGCUUGUGGACAUCGGGGAAAAGGAGGAGCUAGACCUGCAGCGGUCUCUGAGCUUGCAGGCUCCCCUGGUGAAGGAGGGGCCGCUCUUCAUCCACAGGACCAAGGGCAAAGGCCCCCUUGCGUCCUCCUCCUUCAAGAAGCUUCACUUCUCCCUCACCACUGAAGCCCUCAGCUUUGCCAAGACGCCAGGCGCCAAGAAAAGCAUCCUCAUCAAGCUGGCCAACAUCCGUGCAGCUGAAAAGGUGGAGGAGAAGAGCUUCGGCAGCUCACAUGUCAUGCAGGUCAUCUACACGGAUGACGUGGGCCUGCUGCAGACAGCCUACCUGCAGUGCAAGUGUGUGAACGAGUUGAACCAGUGGCUGUCUGCACUGCGGAAAGUGAUCAUCAACAAUGCUGGCCUGCUGGCUUCCUACCACCCUGGUGUCUUUCGUGGGGACAAAUGGAGCUGCUGCCACCAGAAGGACAGAACAGAUCAGGGCUGCGAUAAGACCCGGUCACGUGUGACCCUGCAGGAGUGGAAUGACCCUCUCGACCAUGACCUUGAGGCCCAGCUCAUUUACCGGCAUCUGCAGAGUGUGGAAGCCACGCUGCGGGAGAAGCACCGGGAGCUGAGUGGGGGCACAGAGGUGGGUACAGUGCCCACGAACCCUGGUGAAGCCCCCAAGGACCCCCUGGCGGCACUGCUUGGGGUGCUGCAGGACCUCCGGUUGUUGCACAGCUCAAGUCUACCCAGCUCUCCCUCUUCAGAGCCCCACUGUGCCCUGGAUCUGCAGACGUGAGCAGGCACCAAGCCUAACUUGCCAGUCACCUGAGCUACAGGGUGGGCCUGGGCGUCUCCUGGGUAGGGCUGUCAUGGCCACCUGAAGUCUGGGGAUUUAGGGGCUUCCUGCUCCUCUGGAAGGCCUGACUGCUCCCUGCACUGCUGCAGCCCUCACUGUUCCUGACCCACUGUCUUCAGGAAAUGUGCCCUCCUGCCUAGGCAGGCCCAGCCCACAGCACCCCUAGGACAGUCCUAGCCCAGGAGAGUGGGCUUGCACCUGUGUCCCCUCAAUCCUUCCCACCACUACCUGGUUCCCAGGGUGCGGUGUCACGGUGCUCCAUUACCCACAAUAAACCUGCUAAACUACCAA